CUGGCGCCUGCAGAGGAGGAGGAGGAGGUUAGACUGGCGCCUGCAGAGGAGGAGGAGGUUAGACUGGCGCCUGCAGAGGAGGAGGAGGUUAGACUGGAGCCAGAGGGAGACAUCCUGUCUGCUGUGGAAGAACCAACCUGUGAGUCAAGUCUACAGGCUGACACGUGUCUGGCUUCCCCCAGCCACCUUAUAACCAGUCAGGUGUCUGCCUCAAAGCAGCCAUUGGGAAUUCUGAGGACACCUCAGAAGAAAGACCAGUCUGAGGAAUAUAAACUCAGCAGGAGCAACACCGCAGAAAUUAACCAGCUGGCGUCAGGUCUCAUCACUGAUGUGGUCUCCGCAGCAGUGAGUCAGUUCCUGAAGGAAAAGACCCAGCUAGGACAUAGUGUUAGUCCUCUCCGUAGCGGGGACCCCUGCAAAGCCCCAGACCACAUCUCAAUGGAUAAUAGUGAACCUGAGCAUGAGAUGCCACCUCUAUUCCAAGAGGAUCUGUGUUCAUCAACCGGCAGAGAGAACAUCAGUUCAUCUGCUAUAGUUCAGGAGAACGUGAAACACGACCACCGCAGUAGAGCUGAGAUUGAGACUGAGAAGCUGGAGCUAGCAGAAGAAGAUUCUGCAGUAGGUGAUUCUGGAUCCAGCUCUGCUCAGACCGAAAAGGUCUCCAGUGGCAAGGACUUGAGCACCAGUAUGAGCCCACAACCACCCCGAGGACCCGCUGAAGGACUGGGGGCCACCAGCAUGUUCCUCACUAACGGUUGGUGGAUGGCAAAUGUUCCAGGCUCUGGUGUGAACAGCAUGGACUGUGUAGACGGUUAUUGUGAACAUGAAGCCAGGGACAACAAGCAUAGCAGUCCCAGUCCACCAAGUCAGCUACUGAACACCGAUCAGGCAAUUGAAAAAUACAACCAAAGUCACAACAGCAGCCAGUCACUGACUGUUUGGGAGAUAGAGGUGCCAAAGCAUUUUGUUGGUAGAUUGAUUGGGAAGAAGGGGCGACAUGUGAACUACCUGAAGGAGACGUCUGGAGCUAAGGUCUUCAUCACCGCCCUACCUUACACCCAGGAGUUCCAGAUCUGCCACAUAGAGGGGUCAGAGGAAAAGGUGGAUUGUGCUCUGGAGCUGAUCAGGAAAAAGUUCAACGAUCUAGAUGUGACCAACUGUUAUGUCCAACCUCCAGUGGCCAGCCUGCCCUCUCUCUCCAUCAUAUCCUGGCUGCUGCUUCCCCAUAGGGUGACAGUUGAGGUAACGGUGAUCCAGAUAGCAUCUGGGAACUGUGUGUUCCUCCAGCAGCACAAACACCCCACCUUCCAUGCUCUCUGCAGUCUGGACCAAAAUAUGAGCCUGUGCUACUCUCACCCAGGGUGCCCUCCCCUGCCAGCCCCAGUGGAAGUUGGAGUGAUCUGUGCUGCCCAGAUGCCUGAAGGAGCCUGGUGGAGAGCGCAGGUGAUGGGUUACCAUGAGGAAACCAUGGUGGAACUCCGCUAUGUGGACUAUGGAGGCUAUGACAUAGUGAAGAUGGACACCCUCCGCCAGAUCAGAUCUGACUUCGUUGCGUUGCCGUUCCAAGGGUCUGAGGUGAUCCUGGAAAAUAUUGCACCCAUUCCAGGAGAAGAUUUUUCAGCUGCAGCCAAAUCUACCCUGGAGGAGAUGACACGAGGAUUGGCACUACUUGCACAGGUCACACCAGUGGCAUUCCUUUGGUACAGAUAUGGAGAACAGAAGGAGAAGAGUUGGUGUCUGUGAACCGUGCUAUGGUGGAAAAUGGACUGUGCAGCUGGGUAGACAGCCCCUGACCGUGAAGCGCAGUCCUGGCUGUUCAGAUAGUUUUAAUAGUGCUUCCCUUGUGAGGUAAGCACAGGUCUAUAAGUGAUGGGAUAGGUGUAAGUUUACCACCCUAUUACUUUCACCAAUCCAGUCUGUGAUUACCUCACAUUAGCUAGGAAGGAACAAUGGAUUUCUGAAGUAUUCAAACGGGGCCCUUGCCUUUCACCUUUUUACCCCCUCAGUCCCACCUCUGGACUGCUGCCUUGAUGGCACAACAAUGUUGUCCUGCGGCACAACGUCUUCCUGCUCAACUCAACCAUUAUACCUGUUUCUUUACAACCAUGUACACACAAUCCAAAUGUUUUUAAUGUUGUGACGUUUUAUUUACUCCCACCCGGUCCUAUAAAUGUUUGUAUUGGACACAUAAUGUAAUCAUAAUUAACAAUCUCACUUACA